UAUAUGAAAACCUUAUUUAUGAAGUAAUUUUCCAUUCCUGGAUGUUUAUUAUUAUAAUUACAAAAAUAAAAUAGAUUUGAGUACAGUAAAUUUUAAUAAUUUCUAUAUAGAGUUAGUAAAUAUGUGUUAAUGUAAAAAUAAAGUAGUGUCAAUUAUUUUCUAUAACUUUGAAACGAGUUGUUAAUUGUGUCUUCCAAUAUUAAAUGAAGUGUAGUUAACCCAACGCGAUUGCGAAAUUUGUAAACAUAAUCAGGUGUGAAUGUUUAUUUUAAGAAUUCUAAAUAAAUUGGUGACUAAGUAUUAGUAUUUCGCAAAAAUGUUAACUCCACGGUUUGAGUUGACCCAAACAGAAGAUGAAGUGCUCGUUGUCAUUCACGCACCUUAUGCGAAUAUUAAAGAUACUGAAGUACAUGUUGAGGCAUGUGAUUUCAGAUUCUUCUCCAAUCCUUAUUACCUUAGAUUAAAUCUUCCUGGAGAAAUAGAGGAAAAUGAUGCAUCGACAGGAAGUUAUGAUUGUGAAAAAGGAGAUUUUUCUAUGAGAUUUUCAAAAAUUAAUAAAGGAGAACAUUUUGAAAAUUUGGAUAUGAUAAGCAGUUUACUUUUACCAUCAACAAAAAAAACCAUAAUUCCGGAUAUUCAAGUUAUCAGUAACCCUGUAACAAGUGGUACAGAUGUAGUAAAUGAUAACGAAGAAGAUGAUAAAGAUGAUGGCGAUGACGAUGAAUGGUUUAUUCCUCAAAAUGUACCAAGCGAAGAUUCUUGCAUAUCCUUAAAUUCUUCUAAAUAUGGUUUUGCAAAUAAAAUAUCUCGAGCCUUAGACGCAUUUGAGGAAUCGUGGUUGGCGGAAAUAAUCGAUCUUCCUCGUCCAGACGACACACCAAUAAAUCUUCGGAAAAAUCUUAGAGAAAAACAUGAGUCAAGUAGUUUCAAUGUUGUGCAUUACAUAGCAGAAUAUCUGGAAUCAGAACAAAUCGAUGAGUAUAUUAAAUUUAAAGCCGAAUGGGAAAUAAUAAGUGAUAAGGAUGUAACUUUCACUGAAAAAGAAGUCUCAAUUUUGAAAGAAAUGCCUAAUAAAGAAUAUUUAUUGGAUGAUAAAGAAAUUUUAAAUAUUAGUCUAGGUCUUGUCGAUAUACUUUUUGGAUUUUGUUAUAAUUAUAGAACAACUUUAGGGGAAAAUACAGUUGAAAGCGGAUGGACUGUUGCUAAACUAAGUUCUACUUUAUCGUGGUUUGAGAAUUUUUUGGAAAUGAAAGAUGUAGUUAUUGGAUGUAUUAGACGAUCUUUAUGUUUUCCAUUGUUUAGAAAUUGGAAUCUUUCUAUGAAAAUAAUUGAAGACAUUAAACAAGUCUUAAAACUUGGAAAAAAAUAUGUUGUUAAAUCUUUGUGCGAAAUAUACACUUUCUUUAAUUCAUCAUGCGAACCAAGAUACGUUCUUAAUCAACUUUAUAUAAAAGAUUAUUUAAUAUGGAUUCAACAAUCACCAAAUUCUGUGUUAGAAUUUCUUCUUAAAGAAUUGAAUCAGAUAGAAGUGAAGAAAGAAGAAAUUGGCUUUGACUUACCUUCAUUAGAAAAUUCAGCAUAUGAUAUUUAUGCAAAGGACUUGAUUAUAGAAAAUACUAAGACAGAAGAUGGUAAUUUAAUGACCAGUUUUAGUAAUUUGACAAUAAACAAAAAACCAAUUACUCCAGUUGUUUCUGACAGUAGUGAUACUGAUUCGGAUUCCGAUUCAGAUUCAGAUUCAGAUUCAACAACGUCUUCCAGUAGUGAUAAUAACAGUGAAUCCAAUAAUUCAACUAGUAUGUUAACUGAUCAUAGUAAAAAAAUUGAGUGCAAAAGUAAAAGUUCUGAAUCUUUGGAUUCAGACGAUCAUAGUGAACCAGAGACGCCUAAUUGAAAGUAAAUAAUUGAAAAUUAAUAACAACUUAUUACUUCAUAUAUUGUUAAUAUUUUUAAUAAUUAUAUUUCAAUAUAAUAUAAAUUUUGUAAAAAGAAAUAAAAAUAAUAAAUUACAUUUUUGUAAA